AUGGUCAGAGAGGGCUUUAAGAAGAGUUACGAUGGCUUGUGUGACGGUCGGGACUGCAGCCGCGGGUGCCAGUGUUUCCCGGAGAAAGGCUCGCGGGGACAGCCCGGAGCGGUUGGGAAGCAGGGAAGGAGUGGAUCCCCCGGCUUUCCCGGGCCCCAGGGGCCCCUGGGCUCCAAGGGUGAGAAAGGCAGCCCCGGGAUGGCAGGUACCUCCGGUAUCAAAGGGGAGAAGGGCCCAAUCGGUGUGCCAGGAUUUGUUGGUCUGAAUGGCAUUCCAGGGCACCCGGGUGGUCAGGGCCCUCGAGGUCGCCCAGGUCUGGACGGCUGUAAUGGCACGAGGGGAGAGCCUGGUUUCCCCUCCACGGGACGACCCGGGAACCCCGGAUUCCAAGGGCUUCCCGGCCUGAAAGGUGCUAAAGGAGAACCCUCCUUGGUGUCUGGAGGGCAAGGGGGCUACAGGGGUGAGCCCGGCUUGCCCGGCCUGGAUGGAAUUCCUGGUUCCAGAGGUUAUGGCGGUUCCCGAGGGCCGAUGGGCCCCAGAGGUUUGCCCGGGUUCAGUGGCCCGCCCGGACCUCCCGGACCCCCAGGGCUGAAGGGCAACAGGGGAUUGGGCUUCCAAGGAGAGAAAGGAGAAAAGGGAGAAGUGGGUCAGCCCGGCCCCCCAGGCCCACCCCCGGCCUCUGGCACCCAGGAGUUAAUGCAACCGUCUCAAUACCCCAAGGGCGAGCGCGGAGAGAAGGGUGACCGAGGGUACGCUGGUACCCGAGGGGUGGACGGACUGCCCGGCUCCCCGGGCCGUACAAUUAGAAAGGGUGAGCUGGGAGAGAAAGGCAUCCCUGGGAUGCCGGGGCCUCGGGGAUAUCCUGGACUGGAUGGAUCGCCCGGGAUUCCUGGACAAAAGGGCAUGAAGGGGUUUCCUGGGCCAAGUGGACGUUAUGGGAACGUGGGAAUGAAGGGUGACUCUGGGGAUGUUGGUCUCCCUGGACCCCCCUCUUAUGUAGAUGAAGGCGGUGCUGUUCUUAAAGGUCCUCCAGGUUUUCCGGGCCCCCCAGGGUCUCAGGGUUUCCCAGGACCCCGAGGAUCCCCAGGAGUGCCAGGGCGAACGGGAUCCCCUGGCAUCCCAGCCCAAAUCGGAGGUAUGAAGGGCUUACCUGGAUUCCCAGGUGUGGGAGGCCCCAAGGGUGAAAGGGGGUCUCCAGGAGGAAUGGGAUUCGGACAGCAAGGCCAGCCAGGAUAUCCAGGCUUACCGGGCCCACGGGGACCAGCAGGCCCACCGGGUUAUUCAAACCAACGGCUAGAUCGUUUAGGACAACCUGGGAGAGCUGGAGAACCUGGUCGCCUGGGACCCCCGGGACCCCCAGGGUUGCGAGGACCUAAAGGAUUUAAAGGUGACCCUGGUGACUGUGCAUGUGGUGGGAACGUUACAGACAGAGGGAAUCCAGGUAUUCCUGGGAGACCGGGUAUAGCAGGAAAUCCUGGAAUCACUGGUGCUAAAGGAAACUGUGGCGAGCCGGGUUCAGCAGGGCCUGCAGGAGUGCCAGGUCCUUCAGGACGCCCAGGCCAGCCAGGUGGAUUAGGACCAAAAGGACAGAAGGGAGACUCCUUUGGCAGCUCAGCUAAAGGCAGUAAAGGGGACCGCGGCAAUCCAGGGGCGAGAGGCCCUUCAGGAAUUCCAGGAAAGCUGCGUAGAGAUGGUUUACCAGGUCCACCUGGGCGGCCAGGGUUGCCUGGUGACAAUGGCAGGGGUUUCCCGGGUGAUGAAGGAUUCCCGGGGGCACCUGGACCAAAGGGAAGCCGAGGUGGGGUGGGCUCUCCAGGGGCCGUGUUCCCACAGCUUGUAGGUAUCCGAGGACCUCCCGGCGAUCCAGGAUUCGACGGAAUUCCAGGGAAACCAGGAUUACCUGGCACACCAGGUAUCACACUGCCCUGUGUCAUCCAGGAACCUGGGGGUUUACCAGGGUCCCCUGGCUUCCCAGGGCCACGAGGUGAAAAAGGUCGGCCCGGCUUUCCAGGGAAUCCAGGACUCCCAGGAUUUGAUGGACAAAAAGGACCGCGGGGAUCUCCAGGCUUGUUGGGAGAAUCGGGAUUUCCAGGGUUUACUGGGCCUCCUGGUGAUGUGGGGUCACCGGGUCUCCCUGGGCUGGAUGGGAAUGAAGGCAUCCCAGGGAAAAUGGGCAGUCCAGGUUAUCCGGGCGAGAAAGGACCCACGGGAGAGGUGGCUGGUGCAGUACCUGGGUUUCCCGGUCAACCGGGCAUCCCUGGAAGACCAGGAUUGAAAGGCGCCCCAGGGGAUUCUGGAUAUCCGGGAAAUACAGGAUUUGACGGGCGGCCGGGAUUCCCGGGUAUAAAAGGAGAGAGGGGAAUCCCGGGCUUCCCUGGCCUGCAAGGCUUGCGAGGCCCCCCGGGGGCCAGCGGGCCAUUUGGUGUGCGAGGUUUCCCCGGCAACGUCGGAAGACCUGGCCAACCUGGACAACGAGGUUUCCCAGGACCGAAAGGCCGUGUUGGAGAUCCAGGUCCAUACGGUCCAGCUGGGACGAAGGGGAUUCCAGGAAUAUUGGGAAACCCAGGUUUUCCUGGUUCGCCAGGAAUCUCAGGCCCUUCGGGACUUCCCGGUCGCGAUGGUCUGGGUUCUCAAUCCGGACAGAAAGGAGAGAAGGGCUCCGUGGGAGUUAUUGGCUUCCCUGGGAUGCCUGGGCCCUCAGGCCAGCCUGGCUUUGAUGGACGUAAAGGAGAGCCAGGCUCCCCGGGCAGACCAGGAAGCCCAGGUUCAAGUGGCAGGAGUGGACUAAAAGGUGACAGAGGCGAGAACGGUCGUCCUGGUCUUUCGCCCACCCCCAUCCCUCCGAACUUGUUAGGAAAGGGACAGAGAGGCCUCCCUGGCCCAUCUGGGCUGAAGGGCUUUCCUGGAUCUCGAGGUGAUGUAGGUUUUCCAGGACGGCCCGGUGGCCCCGGCUUGCCAGGGCUGCCAGGACUCCCAGGACGUGGUAAAGGACUCCCAGGCAGUGGAGGGCGACCAGGCUCACCUGGAAUUCCGGGAUCGCCCGGACCAAAAGGCUUUCUCGGUAUUCCUGGUUUCCCUGGAAUGGCGGGAGCAAAGGGCAGUGAUGGGUAUCCAGGAAAUCCCGGGACAUCGGGAGAGCCCGGCCUCGCUGGCCUGAAAGGUGAUCGAGGGGAUUCGAGCAGUGCUCCUGGUGCCCCAGGAGCAAAGGGAGAACCUGGGCAGCCAGGGUACCCAGGUGAGAAAGGACGCGAUAGUUUUUCAGGUGACCCCGGCAUCUCUGGGAGUCCCGGCAUCAGUGGACUGAAAGGAUUACCUGGAGAUCCAGGGAGACCCGGACCACCAGGUGGCUCUGGACGACAAGGUGAAAGUGGCAGCCCAGGUUCCCCGGGACCUGAUGGACGUCCAGGGCCCCCUGGACGCACGUCUCAGUUCAGUCUCCCAGGCCCGAAAGGUUUCUCGGGCUCGCCGGGACUGGACGGUUUGAAUGGUUUACCUGGACCAAGGGGGCCACCGGGAACACCAGGCCCAGGUGAGGUCGGACGCCCGGCAUCCCCAGGUACUCCAGGGCUCAAGGGUGAGCGAGGAACACCUGGCACAGGGAUCGGAACACCGGGAUAUCCUGGAACAAAAGGACUUCGCGGAGAUCCAGGUUCCUCGGGAGGAUUGGGUAUCCCAGGAACACCAGGGCCCCCGGGGAGCUACACAGUUUCCAAUAUUCCCGGGAAGUCAGGAGAUGCUGGGCGACCCGGCUAUGAUGGUGAAUUGGGUCUCAGAGGGCCACCAGGUCCCCCUGGGCUGCCAGGCCUGGGCACCGAGAAGGGUGAUCCUGGCUCCAAUGGGCUGCCUGGUGCCCCAGGAUUAAUAGGCGGGCGUGGGAACCCCGGACUGCAGGGUCGUCAGGGAAUCCCUGGAGCUCCUGGGCUGAAGGGUCAAGUUGGAGAUUCAAACAUCAGGGGAUUUCCAGGCACAGAUGGACCUGUUGGUGAACAAGGUUAUCCAGGCUCCAAAGGCGAGCCUGGCGCCCAAGGCUUCCCUGGAUCUCCAGGUCUCCCUGGAAAACCAGCAGAUGUGUUAAUACUCACCCCACCAUUAGGUCUUCUUGGACCACCAGGCUUCGAUGGCUCCCCAGGGGAAAUCGGAGAGUCAGGGCGACCUGGAAGCCCUGGACUCCCAGGCAUCAAAGGCCAACCAGGAAGACCUGGCAAUGUGGGCAGCAAUGGUUUUCCUGGUCCUGUGGGUGUUCGAGGAGAUCCAGGUCCAAAGGGCUAUCCUGGAGCCAAUGGCUUUGAAGGGAACCGUGGAAACUCAGGCUCCCCAGGAAUGCCGGGAAUACCAGCUCGCAGUGUGAGUGUUGGCUACACACUAGUGAAGCACAGCCAAUCCGAACAAGUGCCGAUCUGCCCACAGGGAAUGAACAGAUUGUGGGAAGGCUUCAGCUUGCUGUUUGUGGAGGGACAGGAGAAGGCACACAACCAGGAUCUAGGAAUGGCUGGCUCCUGCCUGCCCCGCUUCACCACCAUGCCGUUCCUCUACUGCAACAUCAACGAGCUGUGCUACUACGCGAGCAGGAACGACAAGUCCUAUUGGCUUUCAACCACGGCGCCCAUCCCCAUGAUGCCGGUGUCCAACAUCCAGAUCAGACCGUACAUCAGCCGCUGCUCAGUGUGUGAGGCCCCAUCACAAGCUGUGGCUGUGCACAGCCAGGACAUCACCAUCCCACAAUGCCCUAAUGGCUGGCGGAGUCUCUGGAUAGGUUACUCCUUCCUCAUGCACACGGCGGCGGGUCCCGAGGGGGGAGGACAGUCGCUGGUGUCGCCGGGAUCGUGUCUGGAGGAUUUCCGGGCCACGCCCUUCAUCGAGUGCAACGGCCCCCGGGGAACCUGCCACUUCUUUGCCAACAAGUACAGCUUCUGGCUGACCAUCGUGGAGUACAACCAGCAGUUCGCACAGUCUCCCCCCUCGGAGACCCUGAAAGCAGGACAGCUCCGCACUCGGGUUAGCCGUUGCCAAGUGUGUAUGAAGAACUUGUAGCCCAAACCCUGUUUCCCCGGCACCUUCACACGUGACUUUUUUUUUUACCCCCCCCGCCCCCCUCGUUCACCUCUUUCCCCAGAUGUAUUAGGCAGUGAAGCAGGUGGUAAAACCACAGUGUUGUGUUGCAUGGUCUCUGGCUUAACAAACUUUGUAUAUUAGGAGAAAAUGUUUCUUUUGUUUUAAAAGAUUGUAUAAAAUUGCUAGGAUGCCGUUCUCACAGUUAUAUUGAAGCCGUGUUUUUAUCCUGCGUAAGUAGUAUAUAUACAAUCAGCUGGGGACCAGGCGGGGCGCAGUAUUUGCUGGGCCUUGUCCUGUCCACUUUGGUACAGUUUGUUUUCAGGAGCACUUUAACACUGCUCACUGGUUUGGUGCUAUGCCCUAGCGAGAGAGCGAGCGGGUAGAAAGGUGCACAGUCUGUGUCUGGAGGCAGCUGUCUGUGAUAUAACAGGGGGCAAUGGUUAAGGUGCUGUAGAGCUGAAGAUUUCUGGUUACCCCAGAUCUGAUGCCUUCCUCUCCCCCGCCCCCCUCCCACCUCCCCUCUCCCGUUCACAUCCCUUCUCUCCCCCCUUCUCCCUCCCUCACUCAUUCACUCACUGCAUUAAGGUGUAAUUUUCAUUCACUGAUGGACAUUUGAGAGUCUAUUGAUUGAUGUUUUGUUCUAAGUCCACUAUUGCAGUCGCGUUGACCUCAGCCUCUUUUGAUAGCUUUGUGGCCAACUUCUUGUGUUGAGUUGAGAGAGAGAGAGAGAGAGAGAGAGAAAACGUAUCGAACAUUAACUCAGGCAAUAUCUUCGAAAGUCGCUGUUGCCUUCUAAGGAUACAUCUCCUCAAAUCAUUGAUGUUGACUUCACUCUAUUUUGGCAAUCUCCAAGGGAAAGGUGACUUUUUUUCUCCAUAUCGAUGUAUAUCUCUUAACUUCUCACGAGGUGAAGGGAUCGGUUUGGAUAAAGUGGGAAUUUCGGCCCACCUGAUAUCAUUCCUCCUUUUUAGCGGUGCAAGAGAGCUUGACAAAAUAGCCUGUCCCGAGCCCUUUCACGCGCUCUCUCUCUCUCUCUCUCUAGUUUGUAAGUCAGAGCUGAGAACGAGGAUAGGGGAUGGUGCGUGUGUGUGCGUACAUGGUCAUUAGGAAGAACAUUCCAGAAUCGACGCCCCCAUUGUUCAUCAAAGGUGCUUUUUUUUUCCCCCUUUAAAAUCACGGCUACCUCAAAAAGUGGAGUCAUUGCCCUACAUUUAUUUCAGUUUCAGAGCCAGUCAAAGUUAUCCUAAAGGUCCCUAAACUUGGGUUGCAAUUCACUAGGAAGCUACAAUCCCUAGUCGUGUGGGAUAUCUAUCGCCCGUGUGUGUGUCUGAGUGUGAAAAGGAAAUAGUUGUGAAACACUGUGACACUUCCCACACACAUUUGUGUUUUCAAUUGGUGCUAUUUUGUCCUCGUUCACCUGCAUGGUUAGGGGUUCGUAACCUCCCGUGGAUUUGAACCCAAUCUUUCUUUUAUCCUGAACUUUUUUGGGGAUGGAGUUUGGCUUCUAGAACAGCACGGAACUGCGCACUUUUCCAUUUCCCCGUGUUCGAAACCCUUCCCUCAGCAACUCAGCGUGAUGUUACAGGAACAUAGGAACAGGAGGAGGCCAUUCAGUCCCUUGAGCCUGUUCU